GCUAGCGCCGGCGUGGCCGGCGAGCCGCCCGCUGCCGUCCGCCCGUCGGCAGAUGUGCAGCCUGACGGCGCUGGCGCGAGGCUGCCGGCCCGCGCCCGCGCCCGCUGCCAAGCCCUGCUGCCUCUGCUGGUGCUGCUGCUGCUCAUGUUCUUGGGCUAAGUGCCUGGUGGCGCGCGGCUCGGAGGGCGGACUGGGCAAGAAACCGCGCGAGCCCGGCCCCCAGGACCCCCUGCUCGCCGACGGAGACGCGCCGCCCACCUUGGAGGAGAUCCAGAGCUGGGGACAGUCCUUCGAUCGACUUAUGCGUAGCGCAGCGGGACGCAAGGUGUUCCGCGACUUCUUGCGGGGCGAGUACUCCGAGGAAAACAUCAUGUUCUGGCUGGCGUGUGAGGAGCUGAAGCGAGAGACCGACCCUGACGCUGUCGAGGAGAAGGCGCGGUUCAUCUACGAGGACUACAUCUCAAUACUCUCACCUAAAGAAGUGUCGUUAGAUUCGCGCGUGCGCGAGAUCGUAAACCGCAACAUGGUCGAGCCUACGCCGCACACGUUCGACGAAGCGCAGCUGCAGAUCUACACGCUGAUGCAUCGCGAUUCGUACCCGCGGUUCGUCAACUCGCCUCUCUACAAGACACUCGCUCGCAUAUCCAGCGACGCGAGCUCGCCGCCCGCAGUGGCGCCCGCAUCCGAGUCCGCGCCCGCGCCCGUUCCCGCGUCCUCGCCCGCCCCCGCGCCCGCGCCCGCCCCCACAGGCCAGUGACCCCGGACGCGCUGACGACCCGCGGGCCGUCGCGCCGCCUCGUUCCGCGACUGACGACAGGGACGUUCUUUCGAUGCCGUUCGAUUCGCGACCGCGGGCCCUCCCGCGCCUAAUUUCUAUUUGUAUAUAGUCUCGAUGAUAUACGUUGGUUAAACGGGUACUAAUUUUGUACAUAGUUAGCGUAAGUGUAAGUAGGUGCGCGCGCGGUAUGCCGCCGCGGCAACUUGGCUGGUCCACCGGCCCGCGGUGGCCGUCCGGCCGCCGUCCGGUAACCACUAGGUCACCGGCCGGUCCCCGUACGACCGCCGCAAGCCCGGGGGGGCGCCGCGCCCCGCCCGCCCCCUCACGACGCACUGUGCAAAAGCACGUUUCUAGUUAGAAGCAAUAAAUAGGUGGACCAAUUAAGUUUGCCGUUCGAGUCAACGAAUAAAAUUUGUUUUCAUGU